UCAAUAUUAAUUAUUCAACAGAAUUAAAACUAGGGUUUUGCAGCGAGUGUGUAUAUAUGUUAACUCAUCGUCAUAAACUUAAACGCCGGCACAAGUCUCAUUCUCUCUAUUCCGCCGUUGUCUAGUUAUUCAAUUUGCUAGGAGAUCGAAAUGACAACAGUUCCAGGACAGCUGGUGUGGGAGAUCGUGAAGAGAAACAACUGUUUCUUGGUGAAACAGUUCGGUAGAGGCAAUGCUAAGGUUCAGUUCAGCAAGGAGAGCAACAACCUCUGCAACCUCAACUCUUACAAGCACUCUGGUUUGGCAAACAAAAAGACAGUGACCAUCCAGCCAGCUGACAAGGAGCAAGGUGUGGUACUUGGAACCACCAAGACCAAGAAGCAAAACAAGCCAAAGCUCUCUGUUAACAAGUCUGUCCUCAAGAAGGAGUUCCCGAGGAUGGCCAAAGCUGUUGCCAACCAGGUUGUGGACAACUACUACAGGCCUGAUUUGAAGAAGGCAGCGCUUGCUAGGCUCAGCGUGAUCAGCAAAGGCCUCAGAGUCGCCAAGUCUGGCCCCAAGAGGAGGAACAGACAGGCUUGAAGAAUCCUCCGCCAUUGAAUGAAUAUCUUUCUUCUAAAUAAGCUCGUUUUGAGAGUUUCAGACUGUGUUUGUAGGCUAAAGAUUAUUCCUGAACAGCUAAAAGUUUUGUUUGAACCACCAACCUUGUCAUCCUUCUAUUCACAAAUGAAGUUAAAACUAUUAAAACUA